AUGAAUUCAUAUCCUGGCCAAGAUACUCUCAUCUCUUAUUUAAAAAAGCAAAACAAUAAAUCAUAUCGUGGGUUCUUAAUUCUACAUAAAAAUAUUGUUGUUGCCUCAGUAACUUCGGAUCUCAAGUGGAAUGAUCUUGACAAUGCUUGGGCUGGUAAUUAUAUAAGAGAAGCAGAAAAGAUUUUUGUGGAUCAACAACUAAAUAUAGAACGCUUGGAGUAUAAGAAGGAAUUCAAAUCAUUUUGGAAAAUCGUAAUCCAAGAAAAUCAUGAAAAAGAGAAUUUAACACCUAAAACUAAAUUACUCACUGAAGAUCUUCCUCAAUCUUCUCAAGUUGAUCACAAAAAAAUCAAGAGUAUUAAAAAAAAUGAUGAUGAUAAUACAUCUAAUUUACUUAUUGAACUUAAAGAGAAGCAAAACCAAAAUGAGGAUCAUUAUUUAUCAAAGCAAAAUGAAAAUCCUAAAGUAAAUCACAAAAAAAUUAAUAAGAUCAUUAAAAGAAAUAAUGAAGAAGUUACAGAUGAUGAUCCAUUUAUUAACCUUAAAAAGAGACAAAGACAAAAUGAAGAUUAUAUUGGUUUGGCAUAUAAAGAUCUUGUUUCAGUGAAUAAGGGAUACGGUAAAUUUGGUUUCCUUGAUGUUUUUGUCCUUGGAGAAUGCUAUACUAAUAUUGAAUUAAAAUAUAUUCCACUAACUGGGUUAGUGAGUAAUACUGAUGGAAAAUAUUUUGAUGCAAAUGAAUUGGGAGAAUUAGAUAAAGUAAUUGAAAGAGAAGAUGAAGAUAUAUUGUUAAGAAGACAAUAUAGAUAUUUUGAUAAAAAAUCUAAUAAAUAUAUUUGCACAACUAUAAAUGAUAUAUUAAACAAUGGAGCAAAGCAAUUAGAAAGGUACAUGAGAAUAAUUGCAAAAGGACAGGCAAAUAAAUAUUCCACAGGAGUAUGUGAUGAACGAAUUAAGAUAAUUAAUUCAAAUCCUAAUAAGUUGAUAGGAUUUGUUAUUGUAGUAAUAGGAUUUCGUCGAAUAAUAUGGAGAUCCGUUGAUGAAAAAUUAACUACUAAUUAUAGAUAUAUUAAGAUUAAUUAA